AUCUUGCAACAUCUGUUCAUCUCAUCCUGAUGGGAUGAGUUUACGCGAAUCCAUCAGUGCAAUAGACCUUGAAGAAAUCCUUUGGUUCUUUGUAACGCUGUGGUUUAAAUCACCAGUAGAUGUCACUGCUGCUUUACAGCUGCUUGUAUGUCUCCGACGGAUUGCUGACGUCCGGUGGCAACACCAUGUCUGUAGUUCAGAGUUUCGGCAUCGUGUGUUCGGGCGCAGAAAUGAUAAUCCGAUUGGUAUCACCAUCUUGAAACGUCGAAUUCGGUGGCUUAGACAUGUACUUUGAAUGUUGUACCAGCGAAUUUUAUGCUGUGCAUUAUUUACUGAUUCUGGGACUAGUUGGAAAAUGCGUAAAGAUGGUCAGUGCAUGAUAUGGUGUCGUGGUAUGAAGGUAUUCAGGAUUGGCUUCUGUUCGUCCCUCACGAUUUCAUGUUUUGGGUCCUAGAGAUGGUGCACCUCAAUGUCUUGGGACGUUAUCAGACAUGGCUCAAAAUACAACCAAUGUCGGUGACCUUGUCAUUCCUUGCUUGUUGUGCAUUUCCAAAAGAGCCAAUUGACGACCGUGAACUUAUUAAGUGGCAGCAAAAACGCAAUAAAGAAAUAGAAAAAGAACUGAAAAAGGAGAAAAGUCGUCUUCGUCAAAGACAAAUGAUUUUAUUAUUGGGUACUGGUGAAAGUGGAAAAAGUACUUUUCUCAAGCAAAUGAAAAUCAUUAAUGGAAAGCACUUUACAAACCAAGAAAUCGAACAGCUAAAAGAUAUUAUCUAUGAUAACAUAUACAAAGGUGUCUUAUUCCUACUCCAGGCACGGGAAAGUCUCAAUAUUCCAUGGGCUGGUGGACUUGGUUCCGCUGCUGCUCAGGCCAGUAGAGAAAUCGAGGCACAUUUUAAAGAAACUCAAAUGAUGCGUCGCGAGCGCUCUCGACUUGGUCAACCACUUUGGUUAGAAGAAGAAUUUCUGGAAAUUGUGCCUUCACUGAAUGCAAUUUGGAAAGAUGAAAGUGUUCGAUUGGCAUUCGAUCAACGUUCAAAAAUUAUUACAGAGAAUUUCAGUGAGAAUACACGCUAUUAUCUCAAUCGUCUAAGUCAUAUUGGUGUAGAAAAUUAUCGUCCAACUGAUGAAGAUAUAGUUUGGUCACGUAAACCAACAGAAUCUAUAAUUGAAGAAGAAAUAAAUGUUCACUCAUCAUCACUGGUUUUUAUUGACGUUGGUGGACAAACAAAAGAACGUCGUAAAUGGUGUCAAUGUUUUGCUGAUAUGACAUCUGUCUUGUUCCUUAUUGCUUCCAGUCAUUACGAUGAACAUUAUCAAGAUCGAUUAACUAAAGAAUUUCGAAAUAAAUUACAUGAGGCUAUGGUUGUUUUUGAAGGACUUAUCAAUCACAUUGCUUUUAGACGUGUUUCCAUAAUUAUAUUUUUUAACAAAACCGAUAUACUUAAAGAAAAGUUGAACUCACGUACAUCAAAUAUUCGUGAUGAGUUUCCCAAUUACCCUGUGAAAAUGGAUCCAUUUCGUCUGCAAGAUGUUCAAACAUUUAUGGUUGAAGUAUUUGCCUCCCUAGUCAAUCACAAUUUUCCACCAGAUACUCAAGCUCGUUCAAGUCUUUCACAUUCAUCAUUCAAUAAUACUGCUAAAUGUUCAUCUCUUCAUAGACAAAACUCUGUACCUAUGUCCACUAACGUAACAUUAACAGCCCCUGUACGAAAACGUAUGGUCUAUCGUCAUUUCACAACUGCUGUAGAUAGGCGGAAUAUCGAAACAGUAUUCAAUGCUAUGCAAGAUACAGUAUUGCAAAAUAAUUUACGUCGUAUAAUGAUGAGUUAAAUACAGAUAUAUAAAGUUUUUCAUAUAUUUGGACUACAAAGUGUUUACUUCCAUUUUCUGCUUUGGUUUAUUGUGUUGUUUGCGCCCUUAUAUCUCAGUGAACAUAAUAUCUAUACCUUCCGAAAAUUAAUUAAAAGUCUUACUUAUUAUUUCUACCAACAAUGUAUGUGCCAAAUUUAAACUACCACUAAAAUCAUCCCUGAUACCAAUAAGUGUAUGCUUUUCAUUUCAUAUUUUCUUAUCCAAUUAUUAAUUGUCUUUCAUGCUACUCAAUUCCUUAUUACAUAAAUAUAUAUGCUUUUU